UUGACGUCGCUGUCUUUAUAUUCUCCAAAUGUCGAAUGCUUGCAUUUAUUACAGCUAGUCAUAUAUUCAUUGAUGAAGCAGAUUUCCAUUUUUUCAUCUUCACCAUCAAUAGGUACUUGUGCCUUCUUGUUCGGACACAGAUUGCUUGUAGGCCAUGCAUGUGUGGCUUGCUUUCAGGACGGAUACGUAAUUAUUUUCGUUGUUUUUAUUAUCAGCUUUGAAUUCUUGGAGAGCUUCUUUUUUUACACCUUUUUUGACAACCUGGCUUAGACGAAGAGGCACUAUGUGCAGCUUGAGCCUUUAUAAGGGCCGUUCUGAGCUGGGAGGUGUUGUUUGCCUUUUCACCUUUGUUUUAAAAGAAACAAAACAAAAAGGAA